UUUUUUUGACAUUUGUCAUUUCCACGCCGAGGCAGACUCCACGUUAGUUUUUAAAUGCAGAUUUUAAAAUAAGUGAAUUAUAAAAUGCCUACGCCAGAUAAAAUUCUAUUAAGGAAGAUAAAAAAGCGAGAGAAAAAGAAAUUAAAACUGAUAGCUACGAAGAAACAAAAUGAAAAUGAGAAUACAACAGUUCCAGAUAAUGAAAAUGAUGACAAUAACAUUAUGAAAAGGCCACAUGAAAGCGUUGAAAUAGAACCGAUCAAUUCACCUAAAAAAAGGCAAAAAAAGAAGAAGAAAGAUAAAGCAGUAGCUAGUGAAAUUAAAGAAGAGACAGCAUCGGAAGAAAACGAUUCUUCGAAAGAAGAUAGCAAAGAAAAUGUUUCAAAUAUGAAUGUAGAAGACAAACCAGAUGACAGUAGCCAAUUGCCUGGAUCCAGUUUAUGCCUUGGUAUUUUAUCUGACCAAAAAUUUACAUCAUUAGAAGGGAAAGUUUGUGAACCUACUCUAAUGGGCAUCAAAGACAUGGGAUUCACAACAAUGACAGAAAUACAAGCUAAAGCUAUACCACCACUUUUAGAAGGUCGAGACUUAGUUGGUUCAGCAAGAACUGGCUCAGGAAAAACUCUGGCUUUUCUAAUACCAGCUAUUGAACUCAUUUAUAAGUUGCAAUUCAAACCAAGGAAUGGUACUGGUGUUAUUAUUCUGUCACCAACAAGAGAAUUGUCUAUGCAGACAUUUGGUGUGUUGAUGGAAUUAAUGAAGUAUCAUCAUCAUACUUAUGGUUUAGUUAUGGGUGGAGCUAAUAGGAGUACAGAAGCUCAGAAACUAUCUAAAGGAAUUAACAUACUUGUGGCGACACCUGGCAGAUUGUUGGAUCAUUUACAGAACACACCGGAUUUCUUAUAUAAAAAUUUGCAAUGUUUAAUCAUUGAUGAAGCUGACAGAAUAUUGGAAAUUGGUUUUGAAGAGGAAGUCAAACAGAUUAUAAGACUUUUGCCCAAACGUCGUCAAACAAUGUUGUUUAGUGCAACACAAACAAAGAAAACAGAAUCACUGACAGCAUUAGCUGUAAAACAUGAGCCUGUGUAUGUCGGUGUGGAUGACCAUAGAGAACAAGCCACAGUUGAUUCAUUAGAACAAGGUUACAUUGUUGUACCUUCUGAAAGGCGUAUGAUGGUUCUGUUCACAUUCCUAAAGAAGAACAGAAAGAAAAAGGUGAUGGUGUUCCUGUCAACUUGUAUGUCAGUCAAGUAUCAUCAUGAACUCUUCAAUUAUAUAGAUCUACCCGUCAUGUCUAUACAUGGUAAGCAGCAACAAACAAAACGAACAACAACAUUCUUCCAGUUCUGUAAUGCUGAGAGCGGUAUCCUUCUCUGUACUGAUGUGGCCGCCCGAGGUCUGGACAUUCCAGCUGUAGACUGGAUUGUUCAAUAUGAUCCACCAGAUGACCCUAAGGAAUACAUUCACCGAGUGGGCAGAACUGCCCGAGGUCUGGGCACAAGUGGACACGCCUUACUGUUCUUACGACCUGAAGAACUCGGUUUUCUAAGAUAUCUCAAGCAAUCUAGAGUCGCUCUCAACGAAUUCGAGUUUUCUUGGAAUAAAGUCGCUGAUAUACAAUUACAGUUGGAAAAAUUAAUAUCUAGAAAUUACUUCCUCAAUCAAUCCGCUAAGGAAGCAUUCAAAAGCUACUUAAGAGCGUACGAUUCACAUCAUCUGAAGACAAUAUUCGAUAUUGACACAAUUGAUUUAGCAAAGGUAGCUAAAUCAUUUGGUUUCACAGUACCACCCGCUGUUGAACUAAAGGUUGCUCCGAAAGGACCGAUGCAGAAGAAACGAGGUGGUGGAGGAUUUGGAUACUUUAAAACAUUGAAUAAAGAACAGAAGAGAACUACCAAGACGAAGAUAUACAGACAGAAGGGUAAUAAUAAUAGAGGUAUCAGUUGAGACCAUUUAAUCAUUUGCUUCA